AUGCUGCUGAACCUGUGUAGUGUAAAGAACCUGUACCAGAACCGGCUCCUGGGUCUGGCGGCCAUGGCCUCGCCGUCGCGGAGCUCCCAGGGUCGGCGCCGGUGCAAGGACGGCUCGGCCCGGUUCAGCUUCGCCCCCGAGCAGUACCUGAACGGAGGCCACGACCCGCUCGCCCUCACCCGCUCCACCAGCGACACCGACCUGGUGUCGUCCGACAGCCGCUCCACGCUCAUGGUCAGCAUGUCCUACUACGCCAUUGGCCAGUCCCAGGACAUGGUCAUCUGCUGGGACAUCAAGGAGGAAGUGGACCCGGGGGACUGGAUCGGCAUGUACCUCAUCGACGAGGUCUUGUCGGAGAACUUCCUGGACUAUAAAAACCGCGGUGUGAACGGAUCCCAUAGAGGCCAGAUCGUGUGGAAGAUCGACUCCAGCUCCUGCUUUGUUGACUCGGAGACCAAGAUCUGCUUCAAGUACUACCAUGGAGUGAGCGGCGCCCUGCGGGCCACCACCCCCAGCGUCACGGUCAAGAACUGCCCAGUGAUGCUGCUGAAGCCUGUGGCGUGCCCGGAGGUGACCCAGAGUCUGGGCAGCAGGCGCCUCAUCAGUUUCUCCCUGUCAGACUUCCAGGCAGUGGGGCUGAAGAAGGGGAUGUUCUUUAACCCGGACCCCUACCUGAAGAUCUCCAUCCAGCCCGGCAAGCACAGCACCUUCCCUGCCCUGCCCCACCACGGCCAGGAGAAGAGGUCCGGCAUCGUCUGCAACACCAUCAACCCUGUGUGGCAGCGUGAGCGCUUCAGCUUCGUGUCUCUGCCCACGGACGUGCUGGAGGUGGAGGUGAAGGACAAGUUCUCCAAGAGCCGGCCCAUCAUCAAGCGCUUCCUGGGCAAGCUGUGUGUGCCCGUGCAGAGGCUGCUGGAGAAGCACGCCAUCGGAGAUCGAGUGGUCAGUUACAACUUGGGUCGCCGGCUGCCCACAGACCACGUCAGUGGACAACUACAGUUCCGCUUUGAGAUAACAUCCUCCAUCCACCCAGAUGACGAGGAGGCGUCGCUCUGCGCCGAGCCCGAGUGUCCCGUCGCCCCUGACAACCGGCCGGCCGAGGACAACCUGGAGGGAGACCCGGACCUCAUCGCUAACGGCGACGACGAUGACAACCAGUCGCUGGACGAUGCGGCGAGCCUGGGGCCGGAUAUGCCGGACCUGCCGGAGGACGACGCUCGAGAGGAGACAACGGAGCUGAUGAAGGACGAAGAGGAGGAGGAGGAGCCUCACGCUGACGGCGAGCCUGAGGAGGAGGAGGAGGAGGAGGAGGUGGGCAUGGAGCGGCAGGAGGGUGGGGCUGACGGAGAGGAGAGCGGGGCAGCAGAGGAGGACGUCACCUCCACACUACAGACGGAGGAGCAGGAGGAGGAGCCAGCGGCCCAGGAGGGGGUGGACGGAGAGUCGCGGUGUCUCCGCAUGCGCGCCGUGCUCAAGCGCAAGAACCGGCCGUGCUCGCUCCCCGUGUCCGAGCUGGAGACGGUCAUCGCGUCGGCCUGCGGAGAGCCCGAGACGCCGCGCUCGCACUACAUCCGCAUCCACCAGCUGCUCCACAGCCUGCCCUCCGCCCACCAGCUGCACCGUAGCCAUGACGACGAGGACGAGGACGAGGAGGACCAGGCCGACGCCACGCUGCUGGACCCCGAGACGUCCGAGGACACCGCGCUGAAGCCCGCAGACGCCAAGAGGCGAGCGGAGGAGGCGGGGGGGGUGGACGUGGGAGGAGGAGGAGGAAGAGGGCCGAGGGAGAGCGAGUGCGAACUGUGCGACAACUCCUGCUACAGCACUUCCUGUUACAGCACUUCCUGCUACAGCACUUCCUGUUACAGCAACUCCACGGGCUACGAGGGUCACCCGCGCAUCUGCAGCCACACGCGCCUCUCCUCCGUGGACAGCGCCCGCCUCUCCGAGAGCACCGUCUUCUCCUCGCAAGAGGAGGACGAGGAGGAGGAGGAGGAGGACGAGGAGGAGGAGAACAGCGCCUUCGAGUCCGCGCAGGACAGCGUCCAGAGCCCCGACGGCCGCGAGGGGGGCGGGGAGAGGAGGCGGGCCGACAGGGCGGGGUCCAGCCAAUGGGAGGAGAGGACGGCAGCAGCGCAGCAGCGUGGCGGGGGACACCGGUGCCGCAGGGAGAGGGACGAGUCUCCGGUCGCCGGGCCCAGCGGACGCGCCCAAGACUGGGAGGCGCGUAUCGAUAGCCACGGCCGGGUGUUCUAUGUGGACCACGUCAACCGCACCACCACCUGGCAACAGCCCACCCACCCCGCCCAGUACCAGAACAUCCAGCGCACGAUGGCCACGGAGGAGGAGGCGGCCCAGAGGAGGGCCGAGCGCACCAGCAGCACCGACACCGAGACGGACGCGCCGCCGCAAGCUACCGAGUCGAGACGGGAGUCUCCCUCCUCCUCUCCAGUCAACCAGCAGAAGGUCACCGUGCUGCUACAGUGUCCAGCGGUCAAGUUCAUCACCCACCCAGAGUUCUUCACCGUCCUCCAUGCCAACUACGGCGCCUACAGGAUGUUCACCAACAGCACCUGUCUGAAGCACAUGAUUCUGAAAAUCCGUCGCGAUGCCCGUAACUUUGAGCGGUACCAACACAACAGGGACCUGGUCACUUUCCUCAACAAGUUUGCAGACACACAACUGGAGCUUCCCAGGGGCUGGGAGAUCAAAACAGACCCACAGGGCAAGUCAUUUUUCGUGGACCACAACAACAGAGCGACGACGUUCAUCGACCCGCGGAUCCCCCUGCAGAAUGGCCGCCUGCCCAAUCACCUGACCCACAGGCAGCACCUGCAGAGACUACGCAGCUACAGCGCAGGAGAGGCGUCGGAGGUAUCCAGGAGCAGGGGCGCAGCCCUGGUGGUUCGGCCGGGGAACAGCCUGGUGGCCGCUAUCAGGAGUCAGUACCAGAACGACCCCAUGCCCCUCGCCUAUAAUGACAAGAUCGUGGCGUUCCUGCGGCAGCCCAACGUCUUUGAGAUGCUUCAGGAGCGGCAGCCAAGCCUGGCCCGAAACCACGCUCUCAGGGAGAAGAUCCAUUACAUCAGGACGGAGGGGCCCCCAGGCGUGGAGAAGCUGUCCUGCGAUGCCGACCUGGUCAUUCUGCUCAGCUUGUUUGAGGAGGACAUCAUGUCCUACAUCCCUGUGCCUCCGUUCCACCCCGGAUUAAGCUUCUCCCCACGCUGUUCCCCCGGCUCCUCACCCCAGAGCUCCCCAGGACUGCAGCGAGCGCGAGCUCCAGCUCCGUACCGCAGAGACUUCGAGGCCAAGCUGCGCAACUUCUACAGGAAGCUGGAGGCCAAGGGCUACGGCCAGGGGCCGGGCAAGAUCAAACUCCUCAUAAGGAGAGGCCACCUGCUGGAGGGCACCUUUAACCAGGUGAUGGCGUACUCUCGAAAAGAGCUGCAGAGGAACAAGCUGUACAUCACAUUCGUGGGAGAGGAAGGUCUGGACUACAGCGGUCCCUCUCGAGAGUUCUUCUUCCUGCUGUCUCAGGAACUGUUCAACCCGUACUACGGCCUCUUCGAGUACUCGGCCAACGACACCUACACGGUCCAGAUCAGCCCCAUGUCCGCCUUCGUAGAGAACCAUCUGGAAUGGUUCCGCUUCAGUGGCCGUAUCCUCGGCCUAGUUCUAAUCCAUCAGUACCUGCUGGACGCCUUCUUCACACGGCCCUUUUACAAAGCUCUCCUCAGACUAGCCACUGACCUGAGCGAUCUGGAGUACCUGGACGAGGAGUUUCACCAGAGCCUGCAGUGGAUGAAGGACAACGACAUCACCGACAUCCUGGAUCUGACCUUUACGGUUAACGAGGAGGUCUUUGGUCAGGUGACGGAGCGGGAGCUGAAGUCGGGCGGCUCCAACAUCCAGGUGACGGAGAAGAACAAGAAGGAGUACAUCGAGCGCAUGGCCAAGUGGAGGGUGGAGCGCGGCGUCGUGCAGCAGACAGAGGCCAUGGUGCGGGGGUUCUAUGAGGUGGUGGACUCCCGGCUGGUGUCGGUGUUUGACGCGCGGGAGCUGGAGCUGGUCAUCGCAGGGACGGCGGAGAUCGACCUGAACGACUGGAGGAGCAACACGGAGUACAGAGGCGGCUAUCAUGACGGCCACAUCGUGAUCCGGUGGUUCUGGGGCACGGUGGAGCGCUUCAAUAACGAGCAGCGCCUGCGUCUGCUGCAGUUUGUGACGGGCACGUCUAGCGUUCCCUACGAGGGCUUCGCUUCCCUGCGGGGGAGCAACGGCCUGCGGCGCUUCUGCAUCGAGAAGUGGGGCAAAGUCACCUCACUACCCAGGGCUCACACGUGCUUCAACCGCCUGGACCUCCCGUCCUACCCCUCGUUCACGAUGCUGUAUGAGAAGCUCCUGGUGGCUGUGGAGGAGACCAGCACCUUCGGCCUGGAGUGA